ACCAGUGAACGCUAAGUCUCAUGCCGACAAGUAGCACAACGGCCUCCGUCACUGAUAUGUAACCGCUGGUUCCGUAUUCCGCUUCAUUUGCAUUCCACAUUUUUGUAGGUAAAAGAGCAGAGGCAAGGCUUAUCGUAAAGAGUUUCCAACUUUAACAAUGUGAGGAUUUCAGGUUCGAAAAUGGAGGAAAACUUAGGAAAUGGAUCUUUGAGAAUGAAUGGUAAUGUUUCUAACGAAGUUGUUGCUGGAUUGGAAACCGGUGCUCGAGCCACCCUUAUCUGUCUGUACAGUGUGGUGUGUGUUACCGCCGUCGUUGGAAACACAGCUGUGUGUUACCUCGUUUUUGUUCUACGACGUAUGAGGACUGUUACCAAUUUCUUUAUAGCAAGCCUGGCUGUCAGUGACAUGCUCAUGGCACUAGUUUGCAUCCCAUUCACGUUUGUGGCAAAUGUUCUUUUGGACCAUUGGCCUUUCGGAUAUGCCUUUUGUCCGCUUGUGACGUAUCUUCAAGCUGUGGUAGUAUUUCAAAACGCUUAUACUCUUUUAUCCAUGAGCAUGGAGCGGUAUAUUGCAAUAAUGUACCCCUUCAGACCGCGGCUUGGAAAGCGGAAGUGCUUGUACGUUAUCGUAGUGUGCUGGGUGCUGGCAUUUCUGACGCCGUUGCCCACGGCUGUGACAUCCCAUGUUGUGGCCAGUACCAGUAAUGACUCCAACCAGACUCUGUACCUAUGUAGGGAGGAAUGGUCCGACACUCAGAGAUUCUCCUACACACUCACCAUCAUGGUACUGCAAUACUUUGUCCCACUUCUUGUUCUUCUCUACACGUAUAUCAGGAUCGUCCACGUGGUAUGGCUCAAGGACAUCCCGGCUCUCGAGUCAAGGGAAGGGCUGCAGGACCCUAGAAAGAAGGCAAUCUUGAUGAUGAUUACUGUCGUGGGCAUCUACGGCAUCUGCUGGCUGCCUCUGCACGUCAUCACCAUCGUUGGCGACGUCAACCCUACCAUCUACGACUACAGCUACAUGAGAACCAUCUGGAUUGGCGCUCACUGGCUGGCCAUGAGCAGCUGUGCAUAUAACCCCUUCAUCUACUGGUGGAUGAACUCAAAGUUCAGGGAGGGUUAUGUGAACAUCUUGAGAUCCUUCAGGGCCUGUCUGUCAGGAAGGGAUAGGACCUUCUACAUCAACAAGACAAGAGGCUACUCCAGCACUGAUGACCACCGGGGCAAGCAGAACGGAGAUAUCGGAAUGCGGGAUAUUGGACGCAGGCGAGAUGUCAAUUCGCACACGGAAUCCGAGGAGCACAAACAUUCGCAAAUUGUGGAUCCUAAUCUCGAACUUGAACCUGAUAAAGUGCCGCUGAAUGUGUAGAGCUGCGUCACAGAAAGAUGACGUAUAUAGGUUGGCCUUACAAAGUGCCACUGAGUGUGUAGAGGUACGUCACAAAGUGAUGACGUAUAUUUGCUAGUCUUACAUAGUACCGCUCAGUGUGUAGAACUACGUCACAAAUUGAUGACGUAUAUCGGUUGGCCUUACAAAGUGCCGCCCAUUGUGUGAGGUACGUGACAAGCUUGUGACGUAUAUUGGCUGAUCUUACGAAGUAUCGCUCAUUGUGUAGAGCUACGUUACAAACUACAAACGAAUAUGGAUUGGUCUUACAAAGUACCGCUCAGUGUGUAGAGAUACGUCACGAAGUGAUAACGUAUAAGGGUUUGUCUUACAAAGUGCCGCCAAUUGUUGUGAGGUACGUGACAAGCUUGUGACGUAUAUUGGCUGAUCUUACGAAGUAUCGCUCAUUGUGUAGAGCUACGUUACUAACUACAAACGAAUAUGGAUUGGUCUUACAAAGUACCGCUCAGUGUGUAGAGAUACGUCACGAAGUGAUAACGUAUAAGGGUUUGUCUUACAAAGUGCCGCCAAUGUUGUGAGGUACGUCAUAAUUAUAAACUGAUGACGUAUAUGGGUUGGUCUUACAAAGUAACGCUCAGUAUGUAGAGCCACGUCACAAACGAUGACGUAUAUUUGUUGGUGUUACAAAGUGACGUUUAAAGUAGUGCGCUACAUCAUAAACGGAUGACGUAUAUUGGUUGGUGUUACAAAGUGACGCUCAAUGCGUAGAGCUCUGUCCCACAUAUGACGUUUUCGGCUUGAUGUACUAGUAAUUGCUUUUCAGUGUAAAGUGAUGACGUUAAGUUGCUCAGUGUACAGUGUCAAUCGAACUCUGAUGACGUAUACGAUCGACGUCCCGAUCCUUGUAAACAUGGACGUCAAACAUUUGCUGGACCACAGUGCUCUAUCACAGUGGUACGUCACAAAAUGAUGGCGUAUAUGAUUGCUGUCAGACAGUACCGCUCAUUUAAGGAUGUGCAUCCCAAACAUAUAAAGCAUAAAGUUUGGGGUUGUAAAAAUGCCAAUACGUCCCAUAAUGAUACUAGUUAGCGAGACCCACAAGAGCCGCCUAAUGUGAAGAGGUACGCCUCAAACUAAUGACGUAACACGCUUUGGUUCUGACAAAUACCGCUUCGUUGAGAUGUACCUCUAUCUGAGAAUGUGUGAACAAUUUCGACUCACAUGUUGAAACAAAAGAGAAUCAGAUAGUCCGAUUGAGCACAUGAAAUAUAUCACGACCCCAUUAUACCUCUAACUCAUUGAUGAGAAAUAACUUUAAGGGCAAACGGUUUUGCAUGACGUUGUAACAAGCGUUUUAACUGAACACCAGACUGUAUUGUUUUGUUUGCUUGUUGCUUAACGCACUCAGAAAUAUUCCAGGUAUAUGACGGCAGCUCGGCCAUAAUAGAGUCUGGAUCAGAAAAAACAGUGAUUGAUGAGCACCGUCCCACGCCUUCCAGGCACGAUGACAGGAGCGCCACCACUCGAGCCGACCACGGAGAUUCGUGUCCCGUGAUCCGAGACUGAUCACCAGAUUCAAAUUGCAGCCUCUGGUAUGACAAGCAUAGGAUAUAUAAUUCUAACCAAGAAUCUCCACGGACUGUAACAAAUGCGCCAUUUUGUUGAUAGAAUGGUGAAGUGGUGAAAGGAGUGACGGGCAAAUAAGAUCACAUUAUAGAAGUAUAAGUAAGAAAAUCUUGAUUGAAUAUCCAGUUAUCCCCGUCCACACGCAAUCACGUCUAGGCACGUUUUAAGCACAUUUAUCAGGAAGCAAAGGAACCUCGAUAAAAAGAGCAACCAAUAGCGACCAAACUCUCUGAAGUAGUUAAGUGUAUAAUAAGACAAUAAUCACAUUGUCAUUCAGAUACUUUUUCCAAGGAUGACAUCUUAGAUUAUCCUUGCUCUUGAUCAUGGAAUUGUCCACCUAUCCUUUAAGGAGCAAACAUGACUUUGGGUGAUUCCAUUGGGUUUUUAAUCGAUAUCUGAACCGGAUGAAUACUGCUAUUAGAAAUCAGGUUUCUGAACCGUUAUGCUGUGAAGUCAUUCAAUCCUGAUUCAAUGCCGACAUUGACGUCAAGAGAAGUGGGCAUUUUCGAUACGGAUGGAAACCUAAUAAUUAAUUCAUUUUGCCCCUGCUUUGAUCGAGAUGGACCUAAGCUGUGCCAUGUCUGGCACGUUUCUUGGGGACUUCAUCAUUAAACACGAACCAUUGCCACUGAUAACUUGUAUGUCUGAAGCAAUAAUUGACGGUGCAUUUGACCUAUCACCUGUAUCGCUAUCGUUUGUCAAGGGCCCCGUAUUACAUGACAAUCUUACUUGGAAACACCCUCUGUGUUUAAUGGCUUUAUCUUCUAUUGCUUGCUGAGCAUUCGUUCUAGAAAUGAAACGCCAGAAAUCUAUGAUUGUGGGUUCGAAUCCCGGUUCGCCCCGAUUCUGUGCUAGGUUUUGCAGUACCAUACCCGUGCUCGUGGGUUUCACCGAAGUUGUAAACAUCUGAGCCCUGCAUCACUUCGGACUUUCCUACAACAUUAAGCUGACAUGCCGUGAUAUAACUGGAAUACAGUUAAAAGCGGCGUUAAACCCAACUCACUCACUCACCUCCAAGAUUCAUGAGUAUAGGUGCCCGUGUGGAUUCUGGGCUGGAAAGGUCCCCAGCAAUCAAUGCUGGUCGCAAGAAGAGACUGAUGGAUCGGAUGGUCAGGCUAACUGUCUUGGUUGGUUGCGUCGUACCCCGGCGGCUUGCAUCGUUGCUGAUAUCAAUCACGUGAUUGUCUGGUCUGGUUAUUUUCAUGCCGCUUUCAUAUAGCUGGAAUAUUGCUGAGGGCAGCGUUAAAAACAAAACAAAAGAACUCAUCUUUAUUUAGACUGUUUGUGCUUUCGUAUUUAUAACAGAGAAAGGAAGGUGAAUACCUUCUGAAAACCUCAAAAUGAUGAGUCAAAUGUAUAUAUCAGUGAUAAAUGGAAGACCCUAGCCGGGCUUGUAAUAGACGAUUCACUGCACUACCUUUAUCAAUAUGCUAUUGUGUUCGUGAGUUGUUGAAAACUGUUAUAUUUUUUAUUGUGUUACCAAAUAAAAGAUAUCGAAUGCAUAAAUAUGUUAAAUGUUUGAUGAAUCCUUUUUUCAUUCUGUUCAAUAAAUAUUGAAUUCUUA